AUGGAAAGAAGGGUUCUUGAUGGUAUCAUUAAUAGGUUGCUUGAAGUUAGAGGAAGACCUGGGAAACAAGUUCAGCUUUCAGAAGGAGAAAUUAAGCAACUUUGUAUGGUUUCUAGAGAUAUCUUCUUGAAGCAGCCUAAUCUUUUGGAACUUGAGGCACCAAUUAAGAUUUGUGGAGAUAUCCAUGGUCAAUAUCCAGACCUAUUAAGCCUAUUUGAGCAUGGUGGAUUUCCUCCUCGUUCCAACUACUUGUUCUUAGGUGACUACGUAGACCGAGGAAAACAAAGCUUGGAAACAAUAUGUCUUCUUCUAGCCUACAAAAUCAAAUAUCCUGAAAACUUCUUCCUUCUAAGAGGAAACCACGAAUGCGCUUCCAUAAAUCGCGUUUAUGGAUUUUACGAUGAAUGUAAAAGGAGAUUCAAUAUAAGUAACUUGCCAAGGCCGACUGAAGUUCCUGAAAGCGGUCUUUUAUGCGAUCUUUUGUGGUCUGAUCCUAGUAAAGAUGUUCAAGGUUGGGGAGUUAACGAACGCGGCGUUUCGUUUACUUACGGUGCAAGUAAGGUUGAAGAGUUUCUUCAUAGGCAUGAUCUUGAUUUGGUUUGCAGAGCUCACCAGGUUGUUGAAGAUGGAUAUGAGUUUUUUGCUAAUAGGCAACUUGUGACUGUUUUUUCUGCUCCUAAUUACUGUGGGGAGUUUGACAAUGCUGGAGCAAUGAUGAGUGUUGAUGAAACACUUAUGUGUUCUUUUCAGAUAUUAAAAGCUGUGGAUCAUAAAAUGCCUAGGUUUGGUUUUAGGAGUGCCACUUCAUUCAAGAAGGCAUUUCUUGGAGCUAAAGUAAGAGCUGAUUGA